AUGGAUGAGAACUACAAACAAAUCAGUUCAGAUCUUUCUUUGCCCCUGCCCUCCACCUUCGUGGCAGAUGAGGGCAUUUACACUCUGUUUUACCCCUCAACCAAUAUCCAGCCACACUGGGAAGAACUGAAAAGAUUGCAGCCAACAAUAGAACAAGUUAGCGAUGGAAAAUAUGUUCUUGAAAACCACCAGAUUGCUAUGGAUAUGGAGAAUAAUAUUGAAAAAUACCACCUCGAUCUUCAGCCCCUGGAAUCAAAAGUGAAAAUCAUCCAGAGAGCAUGGAGGGAAUACCUCCAGCGCCAGGAUCUGUCUCACCAGGAUCACUUGGAGAAGCGGAGCCCAUCGCCCCCUUCUGUCUCCUCCGAUAAGAUGAGCAGCUCUAUCAGCAUGAACACCUUUUCUGAUGGCAGCACACCAGUGAGUAUAUCAUCUUUUUUUCUUUUUCUUUUUUCUUUGAUCUGCCUAAGCAAGGUUCAGAGCUUUGAGGCUACGAGAGAAGUUUCCUGA